CUUUCUGCCAUCUUCGAUCAGCAGAAAUGCUCUUGAUGUUCACUUCUUUUUCUUCCUUUUUUAUUUUAAUUAGAAAAGAAGCAAAAAUUCAAUUUUUGUUGGGCCGGUCCGUCAAUCCAUAAUCGGGUCAAUUAUGAAAUUACAGCGGCCCGAAUCAAUCCAUUAAAAUUUCCUUAUCUAAACAAAUCAAGAAGACCAGAAUUCUGACCCUCCAGAUUUUGGGGGGUAAAAUCAUUCGGCGUUGGCGAUUUCAGACAUACCUUUUUCUUUCCUUUUCUUGGCAUUUUUCUUCCUUCCCAAACUAGCAUGGCGGGAACGGCCGCCUUCAGUGUUUCUCCGCGUCCUUCUUUCUUCUAUCGUCCAUUUUCAGCUGCAUCACUUUUUCCUUCAUCGUCUAAGCCGUGCAUUCUUCCAGUGCUGUCUGUUCCCAGAAUGCCCUUGCGUCCCAAAUUUCCUGGAAUUUACGCAUUGUCUAGCAACGAUAUUAAAGUGGGUACUAACAUUGAAGUUGAUGGAGCUCCGUGGCGUGUUUUGGAGUUUCUUCAUGUGAAACCUGGGAAAGGGGCAGCAUUUGUCAGGACAAAAAUGCGUAAUUACGUAACUGGGAACACGGUUGAGAAAACUUUCAGAGCUGGAAGUACGAUUGAUGAAGCAGAUGUCUUCAAGGAAACAAAGCAGUUUACAUACAAAGAUGGUUCCCAAUUUGUCUUCAUGGAUUUGACUACAUAUGAAGAAACUCGUCUUGGAGAGUUAGAGGUUGGAGACAAGACAAAGUGGCUGAAAGAAGGAAUGGAUUGCAAUUUGCUGUUUUGGAACGGAAAGGUUAUUGAUUUUGAACUACCAAUCACAGUACAGCUAACCGUGGUUGAUGUUGAUCCUGGCCUUAGAGGUGACACUGCUCAAGGAGGGUCAAAGCCAGCAACUCUUGACACUGGCGCGGUGGUUAAUGUUCCACUAUUUGUUAAUAUAGGGGAUGAAAUAUUAGUAGAUACAAGAACAGGUACAUAUAUGAGCCGUGCAUAAAGUUUUUGAGUUUGGAGAGUUGAAGGAAGGCUUUUGUUCUAUUUUUGUCACUUGUCGUCCUUGAUAGGAAUGAACUUCCCAACUGUGGUAUGCUAUCCAACUGAUAUUUUACAUAAUCUGUCCUCUUAAAUCCCACUAUGUUUUCUCAUA